CAUCCAACCACCCAUCCACCUGUGCAUCUAUCCAUCAAUCCAUCUAUCCAUCCAUCCAUCCAUCCAUCCUCCCACCUAUCCAUCCAUCCAUCCAUCCAUCCAUCCAUCCAUCCAUCCACUCAUCCAUCCAUCCACUCAUCCACCCACCCACCCAUCCAUCCAUCCAUCCAUCCAUGCAUCCAACCAUCCACCCACCCAUCCAUCCAUCCACCCACUCAUCCACCUAUGCAUCCAUUCAUCCAUCCAUCUAUGUAUCCAUCCAUCCACCUAUCCAUCCAUCCAUCCACCUAUCCAUCCAUCCACCCAUGCAUCCAUCCAUCCAUCCAUCUUUGUAUCCCUAUGCAUCCGUCCAUCCACCCACCCAUCCACCCACCUACCUAUCCAUCCAUCCACCUAAGCAUCCAUCCAUCCAUCCAUCCACCUAUCCAUCCAUCCAUCCAUCCAUCUAUACAUCCAUCC